AUGUCGCUGCCCCCCGGCUCAGCCGCCCCUGGCUCAGAACAAGCUCACCUACCAGGUAGCCAACACUCCGCCACCCCGCCCCUGGCUCAGAACAAGCUCACCUCCCAGGUAGCCACCACUCCGCCACCGUCAACAACAGCAAGUAAUGUCGCUGCCCCCCGGGCUCAGCCGCCCCUGGCUCAGAACAAGCUCACCUCCCAGGUAGCCACCACUCCGCCACCGUCAACAACAGCAAGUAAUGUCGCUGCCCCCCGGGCUCAGCCGCCCCUGGCUCAGAACAAGCUCACCUCCCAGGUAGCCACCACUCCGACACCGCCAACAACAGCAAGUAAUGUCGCUGCCCCCCCGGCUCAGCCGCCCCUGGCUCAGAUCAAGCUCACCUCCCAGGUAGCCACCACUCCGCUACCGUCAACAACAGGAAGUAAUGUCGCUGCCCCCCGGACUCAGCCACACCUGACUCAGAACAGGCUCACGUCCCAGGUAGCCAAUUCUCCGCCUCCAACACCAACAGCCACUGAUCUCGCUGCCCCCCGGACUCAGCUGCCCCUGGCUCUGAACCGGCUCACCUCCCAGGUAGCCAACACUCCGCCACCGCCUCCAGCCACUGAUCCCGACGCCCCGCGGACUAACAAACCAGGAGCGACUGAUCUCGCUGUUAAAAAAGUAUAG